UCACAGACAGACUUGACCUUGAUCAGAGCGUCUUCAAGAUGCCUAACUGGGGUGGAGGAGCGAAAUGCGGAGCCUGUGAGAAGACUGUCUACCACGCGGAGGAAAUCCAGUGCAACGGGAGGAGUUUCCACAAGACCUGCUUCCACUGCAUGGCCUGCAGGAAGGCACUGGACAGCACCACGGUGGCAGCUCACGAGUCAGAGAUCUACUGUAAGGUCUGCUACGGGCGCAGGUAUGGCCCCAAGGGGAUCGGGUACGGACAAGGCGCUGGCUGCCUCAGCACGGACACAGGCGAACACCUGGGCCUCCAGUUCCAACAGUCCCCAAAGCAGGCACGUUCAGCCACCACCAGCAGCAACCCUUCCAAGUUCGCCAAGUUUGGAGAAUCAGAGAAGUGCCCUCGAUGCGGAAAGUCAGUCUAUGCUGCUGAGAAGGUGAUGGGAGGUGGUAAGCCUUGGCACAAGACCUGUUUUCGCUGCGCCAUCUGUGGGAAGAGUCUAGAGUCCACAAAUGUCACUGACAAAGAUGGGGAACUUUACUGCAAAGUGUGCUAUGCCAAAAACUUUGGCCCUACAGGUAUUGGGUUUGGGGGCCUCACACACCAAGUGGAAAAGAAAGAUUGAAACGAGCACCGUGUCUCAGGUCUCUCACCAGCCUAAAGCAUUUCCCAAGUAAUCCUGCCCAGAUGGAAACCCCUCCCCAACCUCCUCUCAUUGGGAGCUGAACAGUAUCUCUCCUCAGAAGUGAUCACAGUCUUUACCCGAAGUUA